UUUAAACCCAAUAAAAGGACUUGCAAUAAAACAGGACAGAUCAGAAGAUAGAAACGAUAAUGGGAUUGCUAAUGCAAAACGGGAGUCUUAUCUCCUACCGUUUGAAUUGAGACUGGGCAUGGGACUCAGAGUAGGAAACUGAGUUUUCUAACUGCUUGAAAUGGGAAUGCAGAUGGGAAUCACAGUAGGAAAGCGAGUGGGUGGCCUUCAUUUUCCUUCGACUCAGGAAUGGAAGGAAACAUUAUUUCAGAAUUGCACCGUGUACAUUUAAGGAACUUGACAGUAUUGUCACCUUCUGCGAAGGCAGUUAUAAAUUCAAAGUCUCAAAUAUUGCCAACACAUAGGCAGCAUCACUUGAGAAGUUUCUUUCCUGAAAUUCAUUUAUGUCCAGUUCAAUCAAGAUAUUCCCAGAGAUUCCAGUUUCACAGCGUAAGAUCACAUCAGGGCACCGAACCCAAUGUGAUUUUAAAGUCUGUUUCAAGGACUGCUGAGGUAUCUGUUCUAUGCAUCUCAGCCAAUGAAGCUGUGGAGGAGGCCUGUGUCCGUCACAAAGCUGCUCCCAUGGCCGCAGCUGCAUUAGGUCGUGCGCUAAUUGGAACACUCUUACUUGGAGCUUUAAAAGAUGAUGCUGAAACUGUACAAGUGCAAUUUGCAGGGGACGGACCUUUGGGCCAGAUUACUACAAUUGCUUCUGGUGAAGGCCUUGUAAAAGGAUUUGUGGGCAAUCCAAUGUGCAACCUUCCUAUUACAGCAAAUCAGAUGAUUAAUGUUGGAGAAGCUGUUGGAUCUGGUUUGAUGAGUGUUGUGUGCAGUCAUUCAAAAUGGCCACAACCAUACAUAGGAUCGAUUCCAAUAUAUUCUGGAGAGAUUGCAGAAGACUUUGCACAUUAUCUUGCUGAAAGUGAACAGAUGAAGACUGCUAUUGGGAUUGGGGUUACUUUCACUAGAAAAGCCAGUGUAAAGUCUGCUCAUGGCUUUUUGGUUCAGGUCCUACCAUUUUGCUCAGAGGAAACGAUAGUGAAAUUGGAGGAGAACAUUCGAAAAAUGCCUUCUUUGUCAGAUGCCACAGCAGAUAGGAGUGCUUACAAUAUCACAGAGGAUAUUCUCAUGGACAUUGGCAUUGGUGACACAUAUAACUUGGGUACUCCUAGAUAUGGACCUUGUGAUUUAAAAGAUUUGAAACUGCGCAUGCUUCGUGCAGUGGCUUCUCUUGGUUCAGAAGACAUAAAAAGCCUUCUACAAGAACAAGGGCAUAUAGAAGUAAGGUGCGAAUUCUGUGCCGAAGUUUUGCGCUUUAAAGAGAACGAUGUUCAAGAUAUAAUUCAAUCUUGAUUUGUUAGAGUGGAAUAUAAUUUAUAAAAUCAUUAUAAUGUUUAUAUGAAUGUUUUGAUCAAUAUAUGUGAUUUGUAAUUUAGAAGAUUAUAAAUAUUGUUCAAAAUUAUUUUGUAAAAUUAAUUGUUAUUUGAAGUUUGAUUUUUAUUUAUUACAUAUGAUAUA